CUGUGGCCUAGAAGGCGUCAGUCUUUAGCAAAACACCUAAUUUAUCAUAAGAGCAAAGAGUAAAUACACUGCUUCUCACUUGAUUCUUCUCAUUUUUCAGUUUUCACUUAGCACAAUUCGUUAGGUCGUUGGUAGUACGUUCUAUUUAUUGUUAUACUAUUAUUAGUUCCAAGUUAUUAUCUUGAAUACGAUUGAAAAACGAAGUGAAGACAAUUUAUCCAAGUUAUUUUGUGUAACGAAAAACGCAAUAACUCAACAUUGGUCAAAAUGAGCUCAAAUAUGAGCGUAAACAAUUACAUGAACAUGUUUACACAAUCUCAGAAUGGCGAUAAUUCCAAACGCGAGUCAUCCGGUAGUGACAGCAGUGAUCGCAAAAAGAAGAAGAAAUCCCGAUGGGGUGGCAGUGAAUUAGAGAAAACGUUUAUACCCGGGAUGCCAACCGUGCUUCCACAUAAUCUUACAAAAGAACAAGAGGAAGCUUAUAUUUUACAACUACAAAUCGAAGAGAUUGGACGCAAGCUGAGAACUGGCGAACUAGGCAUUCCAUCUAAUCCCGAAGAAAGAUCACCUUCGCCAGAACCUAUUUAUAGUAGCGAUGGUAAGCGGAUGAACACCAGAGAGUACCGAACUCGCAAGAAACUAGAAGAGGAACGACACAGACUUAUUCAAAGAAUGGCAAUAAUAAAUCCUACAUUUAAACCUCCUGCUGAUUACAAACCGCCUGUCAUACGCGUUAGCGAUAAGGUAAUGAUACCACAAGAUGAACAUCCUGAUAUUAAUUUUGUUGGACUUUUAAUUGGACCACGGGGAAAUACUCUUAAAUCAAUGGAAAAGGACACUGGCGCAAAGAUAAUAAUUCGUGGUAAAGGUUCGGUAAAAGAGGGUAAAGUAGCUCGUAAAGAUGGUCAACCAUUACCUGGAGAAGAUGAACCACUUCACGCUUAUGUAACUGGUAAUAACCCAGAGUAUGUUCAAAAAGCUGUGAAUAAGAUAAAAGAAAUUAUAAAACAAGGUGUAGAAGUACCAGAAGGGCAAAAUGAUCUGCGGCGUAUGCAACUUCGAGAACUUGCUCUUUUAAAUGGCACACUCAGAGAAAAUGACGGACCUCGAUGUACUAAUUGUGGUGCUGCUGAUCAUAAAUCUUGGAUGUGUCAAGACAAACCCAAUAUCACCAAUAGUAUAUUAUGUACUCAGUGUGGUGGUGCUGGUCAUAUUGCCAAAGAUUGUCGAAUGAAGUCUACAGGUGGUGCUAGUUUUCCUGUUAGUCAAGAAAAAACAAAAAUCGAUGAAGAGUAUAUGUCUUUGAUGGCUGAACUUGGUGAAGGUCCUCCACCACCCAAACACAAUGAAGAUAAUUCUAUGCGCUCAACUAAUAAUACUGUCAGUGGCGGUGGUUUGUUUAAUAAGCCUCAACCGUUAAAGUCUUUAAUGUCUUUGCCGCCUCCACAUUCUAUCCCGAAUUCUUUACCUCCUCCGCCUUGGUCGAAUCAGCCGAUUAACAGUGCGGCUAUGCCUCCUCCAGGAAUUAAUGUACCACCACCCUGGCAAAUGCCCCCUUUAGCCAAUCAACAAUAUUCAAACAUUCCGCCUCCGCCUCCAGGAAGUAAUCAAAAUUUUCAGCAACAAAUGCCUUGGGCCAUGCCUCCACCUCCUCCACCUCCAAGUCAACCCACAUCUAUGCCUCCUCCGUGGCAACAAGGUCCACCGCCAGCAUCGUUAUCUUCUGGACCAGUUACUACUACUGUUUCCGGAAUGUGGCCUCCACCUACCCAGCCAUGGCCUAGUCAACAACAACAACCUAAAGUUCCCCCACCAAUACAACCAUCUACAAUCGGUUCAUCAAUGAUUAUGCCACCGCCCGAUUUACAAACUUUGUUAGCUGUGCCUCCUCCACCUCCACCGCCACCUCCAUCAAAUUAAAUUUUCUUUUACAAAUUAUUACUUCAUUGUCAUAUUUAAGUAAAAUAGUAUAGUAUAUUUGAUUCAACGGACAUUAUCUUCUGUAAAUUAUUUUGUACUGGGUUUUUAAAAUGUGUUAAUAAUUUACAAUAAAAAAAAUUACAACUUCUAAAUGUUGAAAAUGGGACAUUUUUUGGAAUACCUUUGUGUUUGUUUAGUUUUUCCAUUCCGAAAUGUUCUGGAUAAGUGACUUGAUGAGUGUAUUUUUUCUUAUAAAUUAUAUUUUAAUAUAAAUUCAAUAUAAUAUGUAAUAUUAUGA